CGAGAGCGGCGAGGCCGUUUCCCGGGCGACGCGGGCGGGGCCGCCAUCAUGGCGGCGGCGGUGGCGCGGAGGGGGCGGCUGGGUCAGGAGGGCCGCGCCAGCCUUUGCUCCUUCCUGCUCGGUGCUUCGGUGGCGGCCCUGCCGCUGCUACUCGGCUCGUCGCCCUCCCUGCUGGCCGCUCCCGGCCUGCGCGGCCGCUUGGCUCUCGCCCUGCACGUGGCGGGCGUGAACGCGGCGCUGCUGCUCAUCUAUUCGCGGCCGCUGUACAAGAUCGCCGUCCGGGCCUGUUUCUUGGGCUUCGCCUUCGGCUGCGGGCUGCUGCUGAGCACCGGCCGCUCCGCCUGGCGCCACUUCGGAUGGUACAUGUGCUCCCUCUCCCUUUUUCACUACUCGGAGUAUCUGGUGACAGCCAUCAACAACCCACGCAGCCUCUCGCUGGACUCCUUUCUACUCAACCACAGCUUCGAGUACAACCUGGCUGCCCUGUCCUCGUGGGUGGAGUUCACGCUGGAGAAGCUCUUCUUCCCAGAGCUGAAGCAGAUCACCUGGCUGAGCACCGUGGGGCUGCUGAUGGUGAUCUUCGGGGACUGCCUGAGGAAGGCAGCCAUGCUUACAGCCGGCUCCAACUUCAACCACAUCGUUCAGAACGAGAAAUCUGACACCCACACUUUGGUGACAGGCGGGGUGUACGGGUGGUUCCGGCACCCGUCCUACGUGGGAUGGUUUUACUGGAGUAUUGGAACACAGGUGUUGCUCUGCAAUCCCAUCUGUGUGGUGGGCUACGCACUGGCGUCCUGGCGCUUCUUCAGGGAGCGGAUUGAGGAGGAGGAGAUCACACUCAUUCACUUCUUUGGAGAAGAGUACCUGGAGUACAAAAGGAAGGUGCCAUCGGGUCUCCCUUUUAUUAAAGGAGUCAAAUUGGAACUGUAACAUGGGCGAAAACCAGACUGGAUGAGCAGACACACAGCUCCUGCUGCGCCCAGUGCCUGUGUGGCAUUGGCAUCAGGAGGUGUCUGUUGGUAUUUCCUGGCCACCCAGGAGGAGCUGGUGGAGGGCUGUGGCGUUGGGCAGCCUCUGGGCCGCUUGCAGAUCAGAAGCUCAUUCCUCCUCCUUGAGAUCAGUCCUUCAUCGCACAUUCAGGGAUCUUCCAGAUAACUUAGCCUGUGGUGACACUAAAGAGAAUGAAUGCUACCUGCAGCAGCGGAAUCGUCUUGGAACGCCUCUGGAACUGAUUCUACCAGAAAACAGCACUGCCCUCCUGGCUCUGUGCGGGGAAGGCACUGGGCAGCAGAUUGUUCCUGUUGCGUAAUUCGAUUUUAAAGCUUUCUGACCUCGUGAGCCCAGUGACACGGCUUUAAUCUCCUCGGGCCAAACUCCUUGAGCUGGCGCUGGGGCAGCUGUGGGAGCAGCCUCUGGCUCUGCCUGCCCUCGGAGUGCCAGAGUGCUGGCAGCACGGCACCACUCAGUUCUCUCUAGGCCUUGGGGUCUGCAGGGAGGGUUCUGCUUCUCCCUUUGUGCUGCUGGAUCUGAACACCUCUGGGUUCACUCCUCCUCCCUUGGAUGCUGCUGCGGAUGCAGUGUCACUGCUCCAGCCGCUGCCUCCCGCUGCCACCUCUGUUCCUUCUUCCUGCUUCCAAAUCGCGCUGCUUCCUAUCCUGCCGGGCUGCCUCCGUCUUGCGGAGAUCCCAGGAUUUUGGGUUGUGAAAAAACCACAGCUGCCAGGCUUGCUAAGGGCUUUAGUCCCUGAGAUUCUCCCCUGCUCUUUUGGGCAAAAGCUGUGAUGUCAGGGCAAGUAGGAGAUGCUUCUAGGGAAAUCUCCAACCAGGAGAAGAGUUGGGCUAGCUAAUGCUCUUUUAUAGUAACCAUUUGGAAAUGGUUCCCACUGAGCUGUGUGGUAUAAUUUUGUUGUUAUAUACCAAAGAGGUUCAUUGUUUUCCUGAGUUCUACAUUAUUCUUCCUUACUGGAAUGGAAAUGACUUGCUUUUCAGUUCAUGCUUGGAGCUUGUGGUGUUCCAUGGCGAAGGUGCUGUGGUACGGCUCAGGAAGGGGCACUUGGUGAAAAUGGCUUGGGUUUGGGUUUAGGUUUUCUUUUUUUAUUAAAAAAAAAAAGAGAGAAAACAUUGCCAACUUCUGUCUGGUUAUUUGAA